GGGCCCCACCCGCCCCACCCGGCACCGCCCCGGGGGCAGCGGCGGCGGCGGCGGCGGCGGCGGGGAUGCACUCGGAGGAGGCGCGGGGGAAAGGCCAGGGGAAGGCGACGCCCGCCAUGAGCUCGUCGGCGCUGCUGGCUGAAGGUCCCCUCGACCCCCCGGUGCUGCUGGCCGACAUCAAGACGGAGCCCCCCGAGGAGUUGCUGGCCAGCGACUGCGGCCAGCCCCAGGCCGAGCCCGUCGAUCUCUCCCUCAACAAGUCCAAGGUGGCGGCGGUCUCGGCUCCCCCGCCGCCUCCCCCUGCCUCGGUCCAGUCCUCCCCCCUCCUGGUGGCUCCCCCCCUCCCCGCUCCGGCCACCGUCUCCAUCUCGCCCUCCGGCCUCAGCUCCACCUCGGCCAUCCCGGCCGUCCUCUCGCCCGGCUCCAUCCUGGCCUCCACGCAGGGCAGCGGCGGGCAGCAGAUCCUCCACGUCAUCCACACCAUCCCCUCCGUCAACCUGCCCAGCAAGAUGGGCAACCUCCAGACCAUCCCCGUGGUGGUCCAGUCCCUCCCCGUCGUCUACACCACCAUGCCCACCGACGGCGUCACCGCCAUCACCGUACCCCUCAUCGGGGGGGACGGCAAAAACGCCGGGUCCGCUUUUCUUUCCCGCCCCCCACCAGUGAAAAUUGACCCGGGCUCCAUGUACCCCAUGGACAUGAACAGCGACAGCGAGGACAGCGCUUCCGAGAGCGGCCCAGCCCCUUUCCAGGACCUCCAGAGAGAGCGAGAAGCCCUACAAAUGCACCUGGGAAGGCUGCACCUGGAAGUUCGCCCGCUCCGACGAGCUGACCCGGCACUUCCGCAAGCACACGGGCAUCAAGCCCUUCCGCUGUUCGGACUGUGACCGCAGCUUCUCCCGCUCCGACCAUCUGGCCCUUCACCGCCGGCGGCACAUUAUGAUGUGAGGAGCCGAAGUCCCUGGGGCACCUGGCUGGGAUGGGGGGGACGGCAGUGGAAAACGGGGGCGCAUCCCCCCCCUGCUCCUCCGUGUGCGGUGGAGGGACUGUGGGAGCGGAGAGGCCGAGCUCUGCCCGGAGGCGAGCAAACCGUGGCCGCUCCAGGAGCCCCACCGGCACAAGAUGUAAAAAAGAUGGUUUCUGGACUGGUU